UGUAGAAACUAUUUUUAAAAGAUAUGUUAGUUUUUAAAAAAAUUGAAAGCUACUAUGGACUCAAUGGAAAAUACCCCAUCAAAUUCUUUCUUUAACAGUAAUCAUUUUGAAUCUAGGUGUAUCAGAAAAUUGCUGUUCUAAUGACUGACUGGGAAAAUUAUAGAACAAUGACUCACUACAAUGAUGCUUUGUUAUUAAAGCUCUUUGCUUUCGAAUUUGCUAACAACUAUGGCCCCCUAUUUUACAUUGCGUUCUUUAGAAAGAACCAUAAAGAUUUUUUUAACUCAAUUGGCCUCCCUGCUUUGGAAGACAGCUGCAGAGAGACGAACACUUGCAUGUCAGAACUCAGCUUACAAAUCCUUACUCUCAUGAUCAUCAAACCAUUUCCCAAAUAUUUAAAGGAUUUGAUACAACCAUGGUUGAAAAAUAUUUUCAAUCGCCUCAAGAAACCCAAAGAAAAAUCUUCAUUACUGCUGAGUGGUGGCACUAAACUGGACAAUGAUAUUUUCAAGGAGUAUAGGAAGCCAGACCUUGGGGACUUCACGUUGGUGGAAUACACUGAAAAAGUCAUUCAGUAUGGGUUCCAGAUGCUUUUUGCCAUCUCUUUCCCCCUUGGUUCACUCUUUUUCUUCAUAACCAUUUUAUGUGACAUACAUAUGGAUGCCAAGUGCCUUUUGAAAGUCUGCAAACGCCCCAUUGCUUUCAUGGCUCAAGAUAUCGGUCACUGGUUCACCAUAUUAGAUAUGAUAAAUCAAAUAGCUGUGGUGACCAACGCCGUCAUAAUCGCCUUCACAACAGAAUUUGGGAAGGAACGCCCUCUGUCCCAACAGCUUGCCAUCAUCCUUGUAUUUGAGCACGUAGUGUUUUUGGUGAAAUAUUUGCUAGCUACCUUCAUACCAGAUGUUCCUCAAGAUAUAAAACUGGCAAUACGAAGGGAGGAAUAUCAAAGAGAAAAAGCAAAUGAAACGUUAUCCAUCUACCUCAGAGUACCAUGAAGAUGAAGAUGAAGAUGAAGUUGCCUGUCUGGCAACUUAAUAUUUCCCAAACUAAACAAUGCCUUUAACUGUCAUCCUGCAAAUUUGAAAAAGCCGUUAUAACAACAAAUGCAUUUCUAUGGCACCUUUCCCAUUGGGAGGAUAUCCCAAGGCACUGGACAAUGAGGGGGUUUGCACCUGAGCUGUGGGUUGGGAUCAGAGAGGGGGUGAGAGCAAAGAUGAUUGACUUGAUUGCCAUAUUCCAUUUCCAGGCACUUCACUGUGAAGCCAGCUCAGCUGUAAGAUAAAGCUCCUUCAUAUUUUAAUCCCACAUAAACUUAAAGCAAAACUGAGCCAUUUCAUUUGAACACAGACACAGAUAUUAGCUGUGUUUCUUUCCUAAGAACAAAGUUUUAAUUAUAUGUAAAAUAAGCCUGUCGAAAUAUCAGUGUGUGUUUGAAGCAAAACUG